AUGCCAACAUCUGAAUUCAUUAGAACUUCAAAUUCCAAUCUUCGAUAGCAGCCGAAGGCCUUGUCUUUCUCUAGGGCACUGUUUUUUUUUCUUCCUUUCUUCAACUCUACUGAGUCGUUAUUUUUUAUUUUUACUUUUCCACUCAGAUCCACAAGGUACUGAACCUACAGGAUAACAAAUUACACAUUUUCAGGAUUGCUACUUGAUGUGUUACCGCUCCUUUGGUAGAGACCAGGAGGAGCCACAGUAGCCACUUCAGCUUUAUUAUCAGGGCUACAUGUACCACCAAACUCGCAAUAGAAGCCUCCAAGAACUGCAGUGACUUCCACUGAAUUUACCAGAAAAAUGAUUACCAUUCGAUCACAUUCCCUGAGUUCUAUGGUAUUCAGAAUACUAACAAUAGCUUCUCGGUCCUCCGACAUCAAAUCCUAUUCUGCACCAUCUCCCGCACAGAUCUACUGGCACGACACCCCAUUGCGGAGACUCCCGUUUUCACACUUCAACCCAUUAUCGGGUUUCCUAGACACAGAGGCGAUGUUCACUGUCGCAUAGCCAUUUCACUCUUCAACCUGUUAUCGGGUUUCCCAGACACAGAGGCGGUGUUCACUGUCGCUGUGCGGAAUUCUCAUAUGCGGGAAGCCUAUUUGCAACGUAUACCACGAACUCCCCCACGGACAACACUCUGCACCUUCGAUAUUGUCUCUUCUCAAAACCACGAGACCAGUAGGCCAGCCAAUGGCUGACGAAAGGUUUAUGUGCUUCGAGUUAACCAUGGCCUCCCUUGAGGUUAUAGAUCUAAGCAGUGACGAAGAGGACUGCAUGAUUGCCACAAGUUCUGAUGCUGAGGUGGCAGAGGCUACUUUCACAGGGUCAGAUAAAGAUAGCAGGAAGAGUUAUUGUAUACCUGAGACUCCCAAACUCGAAGCAAUUGAACAGCCUAUUAAUGAAGCAGAUUCUGCUAGAAUAAAUCCUUUAAUAGUGAAUCCAAUUAAACAGGUUCACAAUCUUAGUGCACAGGCUUAUAAUUCUGGUACACAGUUUGAUCAUAGGGGUCUAGUGCAAACACCACACAGAGAUGCCCAUCGAUCAAGUUCUGGAUGGCAGCAACAUUCUGCAGAAACUGGAUUAUGCAGGGAAUUUUGGAAAGCUGGUGAUUAUGAUGUGCGAUCAACUGGGAAAACAACUCUCCAAAAUGGCAUGGAUCAUGUUCGUGUCCAUCCUAAAUUUCUGCACUCUAACGCUACUUCUCAUAAAUGGGCACUUGGAGCCAUAGCGGAGUUGCUUGAUAACUCAGUAGAUGAGAUAAACAAUGGAGCUACAUUUGUCAAUGUGGACAAGAUUGCAUGCCCACGGGAUAAUAGUGCUGCUUUACUUGUUCAAGACGAUGGAGGAGGAAUGGAUCCUGAUUGCAUACGACAAUGCAUGAGCUUGGGGUAUUCGCGGAAGAACACUAACACCACGAUUGGUCAAUAUGGAAAUGGGUUCAAGACAAGCACAAUGAGAUUGGGAGCCGAUGUCAUAGUUUUCAGUACAUGCAAUCAUAACAGCAUUAUGACCCAAAGUAUUGGACUUCUUUCAUAUACCUUCUUAAGGGAAACUGGACAUGAAGAUAUUGUGGUCCCAAUGGUGGAUUAUGAAACACCUCUUGGUGGACAACGGAAAGGAUUGAUUCGUUCCACUCCAGAGGAUUGGUCUCAUAAUUUAUCAACACUAUUGCAAUGGUCUCCUUACACCUUAGAAUCUGAUCUACUCAAACAAUUUGAUGAUAUUGGACCACAUGGCACAAAGGUUAUUGUAUAUAAUCUAUGGCUUAAUGAUGAUGCUCAAAUGGAGCUUGACUUUGAGUCAGACAAAGAGGAUAUUCAAUUGCGGGGAGAACCCACUGAUAAACAAUUGAGUCAACGGCAUAUUGCAAACCGAUUGCGCUAUUCUCUGCGUGUAUAUUCUUCUAUAUUGUAUCUUCAGAUCCCAGAUAAUUUCAGAAUUAUUUUACGUGGCCGGGUAGUUGAACAUCAUAAGAUUGCCAAUGAUCUCAAAUUUCCUGAAUAUAUUUUGUACAAACCACAAGUUGGAAACAACAAGGAGGUUUCUGUUAUCACUACAAUUGGGUUUACAAAGGAGGCUCCUCUUGUAAAUGUACACGGUUUCAAUGUUUAUCACAAGAAUCGCCUUAUAAUGCCCUUCUGGAAAGUUUUUCAUGAAAACAGCAGCAGAGGAAGAGGUGUUGUUGGUGUGCUUGAAGCCAAUUUUAUUGAGCCUGCACAUGACAAACAGGAUUUUGAAAGAACUGCAGUGUUGCUCAGACUUGAGACUCGACUGAAAUUAAUGACGAUAGAAUAUUGGAAUUUACAUUGUGCACUGAUUGGGUACCAGCCAAGCAGUGCAAAACCCAAGUCACGAAAUGCCCCCAGCAGUACCUCAGGGCCAACGGCCAGUCAACCUGCAGCAGCAUCAACCCAUAACCACUCUGUAGGGCCAUAUGAAGCUGUAAGGCAGACCAUUGCAAGCUCUUCUGGUUUCCCGGGUAUUGGUUCAGCAGGAAUUGGAAGUACACCUCUAAGUCAAAUGGCAUCAGCUUCAUCAAAUUUUGUGCCAUAUGCAACAGGGGUGCAUAUGGAGCAAAGGAAUGCUGAAAAUUUUGAAACAAAACCAACAAUAUUGAGGCCAGGUGUUGUAGAUUUGUCUCCAUUUAGUUCUAUAUCUCCAAAUUCGACAGAUGAUGUUAAACCUUCUAUAACCAGAAUACCUCCAGUUAGUGGCAUGUCUCCUAAUACUAGCAUGCCUGAAGAGACUCCUAGUGUUCAAUUAAACCCAUCCAUUAAUAUUGCUGUAGGGAGAACUGCAAAUGCCCCAGCUUCACCUCCUCCUACUCCACCACAACAGAGUUCAGAUAUUGAAAUGAAAGACCAAGGAAGAAAUGAAGACUCUGGCAGCAGUCUUAAAAGAAAACAACCUUCAAAUGGUUCCUUGUCUGCGCUGGCCAAUGGUUGUCCAAGUACCUUGCCAAAAACAAAGAGGAAGAUUUCAGAGGUAACUUCAUCUGAUGAGUUAGAAGUGUCCAAGAGACAGGCUUCUGGAACCAGAAAUAUCUUGGAUAAUCAUGACUAUUCUAACAUUCAGCAGACGUUGGAUGACAUGGAAGCUGGAAGCAUCCCUAUGACAGAGCAACAAGCUACUAGUGAGGAUGAAAGCGUCAAUUGUCGAGAGCUUGAAGUGCUUCUAGAAGAAAACAAAAAGCUUCACGCACAGUGCCAUGAAUACGAAGCUAAUGAAAAAGAACUUCAAGAGAGGGUUAGGGAUUUGGAGAAUGAGCUCCAAGAAGUCCAGCGAGAGUAUGCAAAACUAUUAAUUGAAUCUCAAUCCCUAAGCAUUGUGAAAGAGGAAACUUAGCUGGUCAGCAAAAGCUUGGUUUAGUCUUUCAUUUUUUCCAUUGGAAAUGUUGCCAACUUUUGUCAUCUGGCAUAUGGUUUUUUGCUAUUAUUUGUAUAUGGAAAAUUAUGUCAUAUUGUUGAAAGUUUGAAUAGAUUCAUUGUUUCUCAAUUAGUAUCAGUUCACAUGGUAUAUAGCUCUAUACAGGAUGACGUCCACAUGACUUGUUUCCUUUGGGUUUCUUUAUUGGAAUCCUAAUAAAGUUGCUUUUUUCUUUGUUUUCUAGAUUAGGAAAAAAGAAGUUGUUUUGAAUGUUAUUAUCCUAUAAUUUCCACUGAAAAGGAAUUUAUAACAAGCAAUGUCCCUUGCUUAUAGUGAUCUUCAGCUGUGAAAUGGCAGCAUAUUGUAAAGUAUUUCUGAACUAUUUUGGUCAGAUAUAUAUAAUCUUAUUCGUGUAUUUGAAGAUGGAGGAACUGUUACCUGUUUGGCAGCUUAGCUUCAUACCAAAGACCAAACUGUAGGUUCCUUUAUUGGCCAAGGGUCCAAUUGGUACAGGUAUUGCUAUGAACUGUUGACUUGAGAGUUAAAAAUUAAAGUGGAGUUGAAAUC